GCAUUUUGCACAGUACAAAAUCUUUUUUUUUUCUUUCGGCAUCAUCCCUACCUGCUUCUCGCUUGCUCUUUGCCAAAGCGUAUAAUUGCUUGCGCAAUUGGCCUGUAGGACCGCGUCCUCGUAUAUCGCCAUUAACGACAACCCCCUAUAUAUAUCCCUAUAUCUUCUUCGCUAGAAGCUCACCGCCAAAAUGCUGACUAACCGUCGCUCAACGUUGAUGAUACCGCCGAACGGCAACGGCCGCCCGAACCCCGGCGCGCCGCCUACCCUCAGCAGCGCGAAACCGGAAUACGAACCUCACUGCACCGCCCCGUCCAUCUUGACAUCUACGAUGCCGACGCUACCCGGUUACCGCGUCGCGCGCGUCCUGGGCGCCGUAUACGGCUCUACUACUUACGCGCUUAAAGACACUAAGGCCCUACUGAAGGCGGCUGCGGCGGGUGGCGAAGUUAGGAGUCUAACGCAUAUCAUGUACAACGCGCGGGACCAAGCUGUUGAAAGAAUGACGCGGGACUGCGUGUCGCGCGGCGCGAACGCCGUUGUCGGCCUAGACUUCGAGGAGAAGGAGGUCCUAGGCUUCAUCCAGGUCUCAGUCUCGGGCACCGCCGUCUGCGUCGAGAAGCAGCUAGAGAACCCGUUCUUGCCCGAAUGACACUAGGGGCUACAUGUACCGUCUAUGAUAUUUUUGCGCGCGUUUGAUAGGCUCGUUAAUAUGGGUUCGCUUCUUGGUGCG